AACCGGGUCGGGUUGGUCCCGGCGGCAGCUCCGUCAGAGCUGUCAGCCACGGGGCCGCCGGUGCUGCAGCCCCUUGCCCAGGCGUAUGUACACGUCGCCCAGGAAAAUGAGGGAAACUAUGCCCCAGACGCCAAUAUUUUCCAGCAUGCUUGGUUCCAGCUGUAGUGGACAAGUGCAGCCAGAUAUGGGAGAGAGGUGUGUGGACCCUGUGUAUCAGGAUGGAAACCUUGUUUCUGGAUCACUGGAGGCCUUGAUAGAGCGCCUGGUGCCCACCAUGGACUACUACCCAGAUAGGACUUACAUCUUCACUUUCCUGUUGAGCUCUCGAGUCUUCAUUCACCCACACGAGCUCCUGGCUAAAGUGGGACAAAUCUGCAUUAAGCAGAAGCAGCAGCUAGAAACUGGGACUGAGGCAGAAAAGGCAAAGCUAAAAUCCUUCGCUGCCAAAAUAAUUCAGCUCCUGAAGGAAUGGACUGAAACUUUCCCCUAUGAUUUCCAAGAUGAAAAAUCCAUGAAAGAGCUGAAGGAGAUUGCUCACCGGAUCACACAGUGUGAUGAGGAAAAUGGAACAGUGAAAAAGAUCAUUAGCCAGAUGACACAGAACCUCCUGAUGGCCCUCUCUGCACGGAGCCAGUACCAGGAAAUCAGAGAGAAAUUCCGGCAGCCAGUUACUGACAAAGGCACCAUCCUCAAGGCCAAGCCACAGUCAACUCAAAAGGACAUCCUAAGCAUCUGCUGUGACCCUCUGAUCUUGGCACAGCAGCUGACCUAUAUUGAACUGGAAAGGGUGAGCAACAUUUACCCAGAGGAUCUGAUGCAGAUUGUCAGCCACAUGGACUCCCUGGAUAAUCACAAGUGCCGAGGUGAUGUGACCAAAACCUAUAAUUUGGAAGCCUAUGACAAUUGGUUUAAUUGUCUCAGCAUGCUGGUGGCUACAGAGAUUUGUCGGGUUGUAAAGAAAAAGCAGCGUACAAGAAUGGUGGAAUUUUUCAUUGAUGUGGCAAGAGAAUGCUUCAAUAUUGGAAAUUUCAACUCAAUGAUGGCCAUUAUCUCUGGCAUGAACUUGAGUCCUGUGGCACGGCUAAAGAAAACUUGGUCCAAGGUCAAAACAGCCAAGUUUGAUGUUUUAGAGCAUCACAUGGACCCAUCCAGCAACUUCUGCAAUUACCGCACAGCCCUGCAGGGAGCAGCACAGCGAUCUCAGGCUGCCAACAGCAACCGGGAGAAAAUCGUCAUCCCUGUUUUCAACUUGUUUAUCAAAGACAUCUACUUUCUGCACAAAAUCCACACCAACCGCUUGCCCAACGGGCAGAUAAACUUCAAGAAAUUCUGGGAAAUUUCAAGACAGAUUCAUGAUUUCCUGACAUGGAAGCAGGUAGAGUGCCCUUUUGAAAAAGACAAGAAGAUCCAGAGCUAUCUACUCACAGCACCCAUUUAUAGUGAAGAAGCUCUGUUCAUUGCAUCCUUUGAAAGUGAAGGUCCAGAAAACCACAUGGAAAAAGACAGCUGGAAAACUCUCAGGACAACUCUGCUUAAUAGAGCCUGAGAUUUCUGGAUCUGAUCUGCAGACUUUGAGGCACAUCAAAUGAAUGUGUUUUUACAACCUGAAAGACUUGGACUGAGCUAAACCAGACCUCACUGGCUGAGGUCUCUUCUUUUGUAUAUACAGUAACUUUUAUGAAAUGUGUUAAAUAUUUCACAUGUCAACCUUAAGGCACUUAAGUGAAGGGUUUUGGUUUUUUUUUUAUUUUAAAUAUAAGGGCAGGGCCCUGUUCUCAGAGAUGAAAUGUAUCAUGGGAGAUGGUAUCCCUGGGGAGAUCUUACUCUAUCAGCAUCCAAAUUUUUAUUUUUUUUCUUACUUCCAGCAAAAUAAAUUAAAACUAUAACAUCCAUCCCAACUAAAAUCAGUGUUCAGGUGAAAUACUCCCUUGGACCAGUAUCCUGCUGAACACUGAACACCUUUGAAGGGUCUCCUUCAAAUCAGUGAUGCCAUGCACACGUGUCAGUGUUUGUAGAGCCUUAGACAUCUGCUGUAAGCAUGUUCCUCUCCUACAUCAGAAAAUAGUGCCUUAAAAAGGUACUGAUCUUGCUUAGUGUACCUUCUAUUACGCCGGGCUGGAAGUCAAGAAAAUAAAAAUACGGAUGUCUUGAAACCAGCUACAAUGUACUUUUUAAAUGAAAUGGAGAAUGUGGCACAUGAAGUGGAGUCUACCUGCCUGUGACAGUGAUGGUGCAGCAAACAUUAUUUUUGUUACAUGAUUUAAAGAGCUCAGAGGGGGGGAAACUGCUGGAGGGUGUGCGUUUGCGUGCGAGGAGGUGUGGGUGCACGUGUGGAGAUGCACACAGGUCCGAGUUUUAAUACUUCUGGGAAAUAUCCUUGAAAUUCUGGCUGUCAAAAUAGUUUGUGCUUUCCUUUUGAAAAAAAAUCAGGGAUUUUUUUGUUUUAAGAGAAAAAUGGCUAAUGUAGAUUAUCUCUGCAAAACAGGCUCGAAGUGUUUCUUCUGAAAACAGGUUUUGGAAAAUAAAAAUCAUACAUGAGCUGGGGAGGGGGAAGUGAAUCAGCUGAUGUCCAGUUUGAAGUUUAGGCUGGAUUUUCAAAAGAGGCUUAAGGAAGGUUUAUCACCACUGAACUGGGUAUUUAAUUCCCUUGUUUCCCUUAAAAAAUCUGGUCUGCACUUACAGACAUCUAAAGCAAAGUUCAACUUCUAUCAUAAGCUUUUUCUAGUAUUUGGCAAGUCAUGAUUAAAUAUCAGGGCCAAGAACCCAUUAACCCACCAUAAGAAAUGGGUCAAACCUUUGAACCCAGGUCAGUACCAAAAUUGGAGAUGCUCUAUAAACCCCUUGAUGCUUACCAGUUCUAAUUUCACCAUUUAGCCUUGUGUUUACAACUAUUUUGAAUAUCCAGAUUAGCACCUGAGGAGCUUUUGUUGGGUGGUAUUAAUUUCCAGGGAAAAAUAUACAGUUCAGGACUUCAACUUUCUCACCUCUCUGCUGAAUUAAGAAAACAAAACAACCCUCAGAUUAAAAGUUGUUUCAUGAACAAAUUAACCAUUGAUAUUUGUUCUUUCCAGUAUUUAUUCUGUGAAGGCUUGAGGGCUGGAUUUUGCAUAGAAAACGACCCGAGCCAGAUAAUUACAUCUCUAUUCUAUUUUUUUAACAAGGCCCCAGAGUUCACAGUGGUUGCAGCCUCCCUCUCAGAGGGAGAAGACCUCUGUAUGAGCUCCUUUAAAAUUCAGCAACUUGAAUUAGGUGGGUUUUAUCUUAUUCUGCCUUCUGUUGAAGAAAGGGCAAGAGUCUGGUUUGUUCCAGUCAACUCUUUUUGCCAAGUGCCACUGUUUCAUACAGCAUCUGCAAUCACUUUGGAGAAAUUAUUUGCUGUUUUGGCCCUGGAGUAUGGUGAAAAAUCCAAAAGCCUUCCUUCUCUCCUUGGUCCACUCCCCCCUUGACAAAUACUUAAAAGUGGAGGCAAGGGAGGGAAAUAAAUCAGCAUUUUCCAAGUCACAUAAGAUUGACAUCAAAGAGAAACAAAGCAACUCACAUCAUGAAGGACAAAGUCAAAUAUUGUUAACAAGAACAGCCCAGAAAAGGGGAAGGGAUAAUUCUUAUGAUCUGCUGCUAUUUUUCCUGUGUUGAAGUACUGACCUUCAGCCCUGGAUUAGAGUAAGAAUAUUUAUACUGUAUUAUUACAGUGUUUUGCACUUUCAGAGAUGCUCUAGCUUGUAACAUUGUUGGACACUAUAAGAGGGAUUGUAUAUCAGCUUUGUUUAUGUAACUGAAAUUUUAAAAGUAUGCUUAAAAUUUAAGAAAAAAAAAUAUAUAUUUGAAAUGCAAUUUUAGAACACUUUCUGUAAAUGUAUAAAAAAGCUUCCACAUGAAUGUGCACUUCACUGGUCAAUCAGUCCUAGUAUAUACUUGAAAUCAAUGCAGUAUCCACAUCAGUUCCUUUUAAUUUUUCAUCCCUUGGUUUGAUACAUUCCUUAAAUACUGUGUUUUGCUAUUCUGAGCUGAGAUGUUAAAUAUAAAGCUGUAGCAUAAAGCAGGAUUAUUCUGUGUUUGAUUGGAUGUGCUUGCAUUAAUAAUAAAAAAAAUUUGCUUCAACCAGG